CUUCGCCGCGCCUAUCGCGGCCGCACCCGUCCCUCCCAGGACACCCGAGGGACCCAUGGCUGCGGCGGCGGCCCGGCGGGGGCGACAGGGAGAAGAGCCCCGCGCCCUGAGCCGGGCGGUGAGGCUGCUGCAGUGCCUGGAAGAGCAAUGCGGGGACCCCCGGCUGGCCACGAGUCCCCCGUCGCUGCGGGACCUAGUGCCCCGCACAGCGCAGCUGCUGCGAGAGGUGGCCCACGCCCGGCGGAAGGCCGCCGGAGGCGACUCCGAGGGUCCCGGGGGCUCUGGGGACUUUCUAGUCGUUUACCUCGCCAACCUGGAAGCCAAGAGCCGACAGGUGGCUGCGCUGUUGCCACCCCGGGGCCAAAAAGGUGCAAACGACGAGCUCUUCCGGGAGGGUUCCAGACUCAGGCGACAACUGGCCAAGCUGGCCCUCAUCUUCAGCUACAUGCACUCGGAGCUGGGCGCUCUCUUCCCCGGGGGAAAGUACUGUGGACACACGUACCAGGUCACCAAGGCCCCGGCCCACACCUUCUGGAGGGAGCACUGUGGAGCCCGGUGUGUGCUGCCCUGGGCCGAGUUUGAGUCGCUCCUGUGCACCUGCCACCCGGUGGAACCGGGCUCCACGGCCCUUGCCUUGCGCUCCACGAUUGAUCUCACCUGCAGUGGUCACGUGUCCAUCUUCGAGUUUGACAUCUUCACCAGGCUCUUCCAGCCGUGGCCAACACUCCUCAAGAACUGGCAGCUCCUGGCGGUCAACCACCCGGGCUACAUGGCCUUCCUCACGUACGACGAUGUCCGAGCGCGCCUGCAGGCCUGCAAGGACAAGCCAGGCAGCUACAUCUUCCGGCCCAGCUGUACUCGACUGGGGCACUGGGCCAUUGGGUACGUGAGCUCAGAUGGCAGCAUCCUGCAGACCAUCCCUCUCAACAGACCCCUGUUCCAGGUACUCCUGGAAGGACAAAAGGACGGCCUCUACCUCUACCCAGAUGGGAAGAACCAAAAUCCGGACCUGACCGAGCUCCGCAAGGUAGAACCGCAUCAGCAAAUCCACGUGUCUGAGGAGCAGCUGCGGCUGUACUGGGCCAUGGACUCCACGUUUGAGCUCUGCAAGAUCUGCGCUGAGCACGACAAGGAUGUGAAGAUCAAGCCGUGUGGGCACCUGCUCUGUAGCUACUGCCUGGCUGCCUGGCAGCAUGAGGACAGCCGGACCUGCCCCUUCUGCCGCCGCCAGAUCGAGGACUGGGACGCCAUAAGUAUCUACCAAUUCCAAAGGAAGCCCGUGGAAGCCCAGGCCACUGCUAUGGACCCGGGGCCCAGCAAUGACCAGGAAGAUGGGGAGUUGGAGCUGGGGCAGGCAACCCCCUCGGCUCCUCCAUUGCCCCCUCGGCCAGAUCUGCCCCCCAGGAGACCCAGAAAUAAAGGCCAGCUGAACGUGGCACCUCUGGCCCUCCCCAGACUCCGGCCCCCCCUUCCCUUGCCGAGAAUUAGGAUCGAGACCUCAGCCCCGUGGGAAGUCACCCCCAGUCCCCGAGCCACGGAGGGGGCCCCAGAGAAGUCCUGAAGGGAAGCGCCCCUCCAGCUGCCCCGCGGGGCCCCCCACUGGCUGCCGCACCUGCAGGCCAGGGCACCCAGACGUGCUGCUAAGGGGAGCCCGGGGGCUGGAAGGGGUUUGUGAAACGGAAUAAACUUCCCAGCCUGGUU